CACUUUGAACGGAACUGGUCACGCUUGUCCCAGGGGGUUCCAGGAGCAGGACUUCUCUCCUGAGGCUGCUGAUCGGUUCCAGCGACGUCUCUUUGUUUAUAUCAUUGGGGAUUUUUUUUUAUUGCAAACUUGGGGAUUUUUUAGAACAAUAAUUUUAUUUUUCUUGUGUAUUUGGUGACUGGUACCAUUCACUAGCAGGGUCUGGCUGUACAUUACAGUGCAUCAAUGGAGGAAAGCAUGGUGAUGGAAGGAGAGGAUGUGGCUGUCCCUUCUGUGAGUGAUGCUCAGGAAAUGCCUCCAUCUGUUGAGUCGGCGCAGGUCGCAGUACCGCGGCCUCGUCUAUAUCGCACAAGGCAAUUGCUGGAUGGUGUGCCCGAGGCAGAGGUGAUUAAACUUUACCGCCUAUCCUCGCACGCAAUCUAUGCGCUGUAUGACAUCUUGGAGCCCGACCUGGAGCCGCGUGUGGCCACGAACCACGCAGUGCCCGGCCUGGCCAAGCUGCUCGCGUCUCUGCACUUUUUUGCAUCCGGACGUUUUCAGCCAACGGUCUCCCUAAUCGCCGGCUUUUCCCAGGCCACGUUUUCGCGCUCUUUGUUCCAGGUGCUAACGGCUUUAAGGAAACACACCACGGACUUUAUAAAAUUCCCGCAAUCCGACAGCGAGUGGAGGGAGAUCAAAUCGGAUUUUUUUUCUAUUGCCGGCAUGCCAAAUGUUUUGGGGGCGUUGGAUUGCAUGCAUGUGGCACUCACUACGCCGCGGCAAAAUGCGGAAUGUUUUCGGAACCGUAGAGACUUUCACUCACUAAAUGUGCAGAUGGUGAGUGACGCCAAUCAAAGAAUUCUGAAUGUUGUGGUGGGGUUUCCCGGAUCUACACAUGAUUCUUAUAUUCUGCGCCAGUCUGCUCUGUUCCGCCAAAUCGAGGAAGGGUCAGUCCCAUACGGUUGGCUGCUUGGUGACACUGGAUAUAGAAGCCGCACCUGGCUGUUAACGCCUUUGUCGGAACCUGUUACUGCCGCCGAACAAAGUUACCAAUCAGCACACGCAGCAACGAGGGGUGUUGUCGAAACGACCUUCGCUGCCCUUAAGAGCCGGUUCCGCUGUCUGGACAGGUCCGGCGGUGCGCUAUUGUACUCUCCUUCAAAGGUUUGCGACAUAACUAUCGCGUGCUGCAUUUUGCACAACAUUUGUGUGGCAAACAAUUUGACGGUAGAGAUUCAUCCCAGUGUUUAUCAGGAAGAGGAUCUUUCUCCGGUGGUAGUAGAUACCAGGGAUCUAGGCGGCCAGGUCCGGCGUCGUGUUAUAGAAGAUUAUUUUUCAUCUUCCCUCCCACCAUCCUGAACUCACCGGCCAUUGAUAGAUGAUUGCAAAACUAACAAAGUAGUGCUGCCAACCAUAAAGAAUUAAUUGUGGGUUCAAAGUGUGUAAGAGAAAAUCCGGAUCAGCCAAGCCUGGAAUAUCCUGUCUGUCGCCAUGGUUUCAGCUUCCCCGCCAGUAUCGCACACGGAUCGAGGCCUGUAUAUAUGUUAUGUAUCAUAUGCUAAAGGUAUUAGCGUGGUUGAAAUUGAUAGACGAUUCUGAGGCUCCAGAGCUGUUAGUGUCCUGCGUCACAUAAUCAUAGAACCGUGUAAAUAUAUGGAGAAUUUGGUAUUGGAUAUGUCAGUUCUGUCUUUUAACUGCUGAAAAUUGUAGAUAGUGCCCUGUUGGUCGAAAACAGGUUUUAUUGGCGCUGUGUGCUCAUUGUCCCAUCCGGCAACUGAGGUUGCACCGCUGUGCGGCUAUAUAGUGGGAAGUGUGACGGGUGGUGGUGGGUUCAGGAUCCACAGUAGUACAUAGUGUUAACUGAGCAACGGGAUUUUAAUUCACUUUAUAUGUCAUCUGUUGUUCUUCACUCGGUGGAUUUUUCCUAUUUCACAUUUUUUUCCGGUUAUGUUUUGUGUCACUUUUUUAUAUUUCACCUUUGUUUAAUUGUUUGUACAUUGUGUCAGUGACAGCGUUUAUCAUUUCUAUGCAUUUCUAAUAAAGUAUGUUUUUUUU